AUGACCGACGAUGUGGAGAUGCAAUAUUCGAAUAACCCUGUGAUUAAGGGGAGCGAGGUGCGGCAGAUGUUUAAAACUGUCCUCGGCCAACUCGACAAGAUGACUCACGAUAUCCGCUACUUCGACUAUGUCGCCCCUCGUAUCUAUCAAGCAGCGACUAUCCGAUAUCUUGUCAAAGGUGACAACCUAGAUACCGACGAAAUCACCAUUCCCGGUUUCGCUGUGUUUUUUCUCCGGAAGGAUGAUGCUGGGUGUGUGAAGUGCUAUCGGGCAGAGACCUUCCUGGACCCAUCGGCAGUGUUUCAACGAAUUGCUGAAAGGUCGAGCUGA